CCGGAUGUGCGCUGUUUCCGCUCGGAACUUGACAGCCUGUGGAGAGGCGGCGGAUUGCGAACAAGCUGGCUGAAGGACUUGAGGUCUUCUGCGGACUCAGUCGGAGCGGGCGGGACUGAAAUAGGUUAGAAAAAAGUUCCCUCGGAGUACCUCUGCGGUCGGCACGAAGCACGGAGAGACGAAGCGGGAGUUUCUUUUUUCUCGAGUGAGAUAUGAGGAACCCUGCAGGCCCAGAUUGCUGAUCAGCUGAGGCAAGCACUUGUUCCCACAGACAUGGCUGACAGAGAGGGGCUGCCCAUCGCUCCGGGACAGGUCUACAUUGAGGUGGAAUAUGACUACGAGUACAAGGCCAAAGAUAAGAUGGUGGCUAUCCGGCAGGGAGAGUGCUAUAUGCUGGUGAAGAAGACCAACGAGGACUGGUGGCAGGUGAGAAAGGACGAAGGCGCAAAGGCAUUUUAUGUGCCAGCACAGUACGUCAGGGAGGUGCGCAGGGCGCUCAUGCCCCCCCAGAAACCCGCCUUGAGGGCCAAGCCCGCCGUUUUGGACAUCUGCCGGGCCUCCAAUGAGAACCUCAACAGACCUCAGCCAGAAAUGUCCAGCUUCGGACGCCCGUCGCCUUCUUCCACCCCCUCUCCAUCCUCUGAUCGCGUCACUCCGCCUGCACUGCCCAAGGAUGCUAACCAGAAUGUGGGGAGUCCCCACCACUGCAAGCUGGUGGCUGAGUUGGUACUUCUCCACAAUAACAACAACCACCACCACCCCAACAAUUCCACAUUGCCACGGACGCGGGCUGAUUCACCAACACCAAAAUCGGGGAACAACCACAAAAGCCCGGAUGGCAGCAAGACGUCCCCUCUGAGCGAGUUUCCUGGAGAGGGGCUAAACAAGCUCCGCAACGACUCGGAGUCUGGAGACGAGCUGAGCAGCAGCUCAACAGAACACAUGCAGACAACAUCACCGACAGGUCAGGGCCGGUCCGACUCGCCUGUCUAUACCAACCUCCAGGAGCUGAAGAUCUCUCAGUCCAGCCUGCCUCCUGUGCCCUCAGGCUCCCCAAUCCACAUCCUGGGUGACUGGGAGACCCACAAAGAUCUGAGUGGCAGGCACUUCUACUACAACCGGGCCACUGGGGAGCGGACCUGGAAGCCACCACGCACCAGGGAUACUAGCAGCAGCACCAGCAGUACCCGAGGAGACAGUCAGUGCACAGCGGAGAGUGAGCCACUGUCCUCAGAGGAAAACUGCCACAGCACCCACUCCAGUCAGUCUGACAGCCAGUAUGGGUCACCCCCUAGAGGCUGGUCUGAAGAGCUGGAUGAACAUGGACACACCCUCUAUGUGUCUGAAUACACACAGGAGAAGUGGAUAAAACAUGUGGACGAACAAGGCCGACCCUACUACUACAGCGCUGAUGGCUCCAGGUCAGAGUGGGAAUUGCCUAAGUACAACAUCUCCCCUCAGCCUGGCGAGGUUCCUAAGAGUCGCAGCCUGGAGAGAAAGCAGCCGGAGCCCAUUGUCCUCACUAAGUGGAGGCACAGCACUUAUGUCUUAGACCUCAAUGACAAGGAGUGUGCUUCGGUGCCCAAGCAGAGCUCUCCAGACUCUGACUCCUGCCCCUCAUCUCCUAAGCACCCCUUGACCGUUAGUAUCCCAGCUUGCACUGCACACUGCAUAUCAUCAUCCUGCUGUCUCUGCAUGUUCUUAGAUGAUUUAACGACUAUUUUAUUAACUGUUGUGUUAUUUACUGAGUCCAGUGUUAAGUCUUUACCCCUUUGUUGCAUAUCUGGUUUCAUCCUUGUACAGACACAGCAUGACAUCCCUGUUAUAUUAUGUGUGCGUCAGAUGUUGUCUCUCAUACUGUGUCUCGUCUCUCUGUUCCAGAAGUUUGGCAGCAAUCAGUCUAAGCCUGAGUUCACUGUGGAUCUGCGCGGGGGGACAGUGGAGUGGGCCUCCAAGGACAAAUCAAGCAAGAAGCACGUCAUCGAGCUGAAGACCCGUCAGGGAACAGAGCUCCUGAUACAGUCUGAGAUCGACAGUGUCAUCAGUGACUGGUACCGCGCCCUUACAGAGACCAUCAACACACAUGCGUGGGAGUCGGAUGAAGCCAUUGAGGAGGACAUGCCAGAGUCUCCGGGAGCUGAGAAACAGGACAAGGAGAAGGAGCACCGGGACUCUAAGAAGAGCCGAGCAAUGAAGAACUCUGUGAGCAUGGAUUCAUCAGACCAGAAGAAAACCAGGAUGAAGCUCAAGAAGUUCCUGACUCGUCGACCCACAUACCAGGCUGUCCGAGACAAAGGAUACAUUAAAGAUCAGGUGUUUGGCUGCAGUCUGACCAGUCUGUGUCAGCGGGAGAACACAUCAGUGCCCAACUUUGUCACAAUGUGCAUCGACCAUGUGGAGAACACAGGUCUUAAUAUUGACGGCUUAUAUCGAGUGAGCGGGAACCUGGCAGUGAUCCAGAAGCUUCGCUUUGCUGUGAAUCAUGAUGAGAAGGUGGAUCUCAAUGAUAGCAAGUGGGAGGACAUCCACGUCACCACCGGAGCUCUCAAGAUGUUUUUCAGGGAGCUUCCAGAGCCUCUGUUCUCAUACGGAUCCUUCAAUGACUUUGUGAAUGCCAUCAAGUGCUCUGACUACAAGCAGCGAGUGAAUUCAAUCAAAGAUUUAAUCAAGAAGUUGCCAAAGCCCAACCAUGACACAAUGCAAAUCCUCUUCAAACACCUGAGGAGGGUGGUGGACCACGGAGAGGCCAACCGCAUGACCACGCAGAGCGUGGCCAUCGUGUUCGGACCCACGCUGCUGAGGCCCGAGACCGAGACGGGCAACAUCGCGGUCCACAUGGUCUACCAGAACCAGAUAGUAGAGCUUAUACUGCUCGAGUACGAAAGUAUUUUUGGUAGGUAGAGGUGCCUACUUAGGAAGAGGAUGCCACACUUUUCAAACACGGACUUGUUUUCCAUUUCCCCUCCUCUCUUUUGUUUCUGGACUGAACUGAACAUUGCUGUGGACCAAGCAGAAAAAAAAUUCCUAAAGUGUUGCACUUAAAGAAGUUUUGGAGAUGAUUUAAAAGAAAAAAACAAAGUGUAUAAAUCUCACCCACUUGUUCAGUUGCCAUUCCUGCUGCGAGUAGUGGGGCCAGAUGAGUUUUUUUCAGAGUGGUGCUGCGAUGACGUGUGGACGAUGUGGUGGAUUUGAGUAUUCAGGUGUUUUUCACAUACACUGGAUUCCCUGUGG